CGUCUCACCUUCUCCCUGCUGUCUGUCACCCUUCUGGUAUCCUUUGGCUCCUCCAUGCCCUAUGGCUACAACCUUGCUGUGGUGAACUCACCGGCAGAGCACAUAAAGGCUUUCUACAACGCCACGUGGUCCCAGCGCUACGGGCACGGGCUGGGCCCUGCCCCCCUGACCCUGCUCUAUGCCCUCACUGUCUCCAUCUUCGCCCUGGGCGGCCUGGGGGGCUCGCUGCUCGUGGGGCUGCUGGUGGAGCGCUACGGCAGGAAUGGGGCUCUGAGCCGCAGCGCUCUCCUCGUCCUCCUGGCCGGCGGCUUCAUGGGCUUCAGCCGGGAGCUGGGAUCCCCCGAGAUGGUGAUCAUCGGCCGCUCCAUCACGGGCAUCCACUCAGGUAUCUGUCUUAGUGUGGUCCCCCUCUACCUGGGAGAAAUCGCUCCCAAGAACCUGCGGGGAUUCCUGGGCCUCAUGCCCAGCAUCUUCAUCUGCCUGGGGGUUUUCUCUGCCCAGGUCCUGGGCCUGCCAGAACUGCUGGGCAAGGACAGGUUCUGGCCCCUUUUCCUGUCAGUGGUGGUUGUUCCUGCCUCCCUCCAGCUCCUGCUGCUGCACUGCUUCCCUGAGAGCCCUCGGUACCUGCUGAUAGAAAGAAAUGACAUCUGUGGGGCCACCAAAGCCCUGCAGCGGUUCCUGGGGAGCCCCGAGGUCCAGGACGUGAUCGAGGAGAUGCAGGAGGAGCAGCGGUCGCUGUCCUGUGUGGAGAUGGCGUCGGUGUGGCAGCUGCUGCGGGAGCGCUCGCUGCGCUGGCAGACGCUCUCGGUGGCGGUGCUGAACGCCGGCAUGCAGCUCUCGGGCAUCGACGCCAUCUGGUUUUACACCAACACCAUCUUCGAGAACGCCGGGAUCCCCGUGUCCCAGAUCCCCUACACCACCAUGGGCACCGGCGCCAUCGAGGUCGUUGCCGGGCUGAUCGGGUGCUUCACCAUUGAGAGGGUGGGACGGCGGCCCCUCAUCAUCACCGGCUUCUGUGCCAUGGGGGUCUGCUCAGCUGGCAUCACCAUCUCCCUGCUGCUGCAGGCUGCCCUGCCCUGGAUGCGCUACGUCAGCGUGGCCUGCGUGGUCGGCAUCAUCGCUGGCUUCUGCAUGGGACCAGCUGGUGUCCCCUUCCUGAUGACAGCUGAGCUUUUCACGCAGUCCCACCGCCCCGCUGCCUACAUUGUGGGGGGCUCUCUCAACUGGCUCUGCAACUUCACCGUCGGCUUCAUCUUCCCCUUCCUGCAGAUGUCAGCCGGUGCCUUUUGCUACCUGGUUUUCUGUGGUGUGUGCCUGCUGGUGGCCUUGUACGUCUACCUUGUCAUCCCUGAGACCAAGAACAAGACCUUCAUGGAGAUCAGCCACAUCUUCGCCACACGCCGCUCCGUGCUGUCCGUGCCAGCCCAGCUCAUCGGCAUGAUGAAGCUCGAUGGCUACGGGACCUUGGAGAGCAGCUCCCUGGAGGGCUCAGGCUCCAGCCUGCCCUGAUCUCAG